UCAUUCAAAUUCCCAAUGUAUUCCUCUAGCUACUAUCCCUUUCAUUUUUGUUUUCUUCUCAUCAUAUCAUCAACUUGUCUAGCUCAAACAAAUUUCCAUCCUAAAACAUUAUUCCUUGCAGUGAAACAAGACCCUUCAACUCUACAAUACAUCACAGAAAUUCACCAACGAACACCUCUAGUCCCCGUUAAACUCGCAGUCCAUAUUGGUAGCGAAAAUCUAUGGGUGGAUUGCGAAACGGGCUUUAAAAGCUCAACGUACAAGCCCGCUCGUUGCGAUUCAAGGCAAUGCAAUCUCGCAAGAUCAAUAGCUUGCGGAGAUUGUAAUACCGAAAAUACAACCCGGCCCGGUUGCAACGACAAUGUGUGCUACAACAUUGUGUCCAAUCCGGCUAUGAAUACUUUCUUUUCUGGUGGUGAAAUCGCGGAGGAUGUUUUGACAAUCCAAUCCAUUAACGGUUCCAUUCCGGGCCCUGAAUCCCGCGGGCCCGUUGUAACUGUCUCGAAUUUUAUCUUCAGCUGCUCUCCAUCAUAUUUCACCCAAAAUUUAGGCAAAAAUGUUAAAGGAAUGAUUGGAUUUGGUCAGCAAAGUCCAGUAUCGUUUGUUACUCAACUUGCAUCAGCUUUUAAAUUCAGUAGACAAUUUGCUAUUUGCUUGAGCUCAUCAACUCAACAAAACGGAAUCAUUUUUAUUGGGCAUAGGCCUUAUAUCUUUGCACUAGGCUUUGACGCCUCGAGAGAUCUAAUCUAUACACCUAUUAUAACCCACCCGAAUUUUUUUCUCAUCAAUCGCGGUUCACCAGAGUAUUAUAUUCAAGUUACGUCCAUUACAAUUAAUGAAAAAACAUUGGCAUUGAACAAAACAUUGCUCUCGUUGGAUGAGAAUGAAGAAAACGGGACGAAAUUCAGCACGGCCGUUCCUUAUACUGUAUUGGAGCCUUCUAUUUACAAUGUUGUGAGUAAAGCUUUUAUUAGUGAAAUGCCGAAAGAUGUGAAGACUGUACCUGCAGUGCAGCCUUUUAAAACUUGUUUUGACUCAACAUAUGUUGGUAUGUCACGCCUUGGAUAUAAUGCACCUAAAAUUGAUUUGAUUCUCCAUAAGCCAAAUGUGCGUUGGACUAUUACUGGAGCUAAUUCGUUGGUAAAAGUUAGCGAUCGCGUAGUAUGUUUAGCGUUUGUUGAACGAAAUCAAACGUUUGGACAGGCGAUUGUUAUUGGUGGGUUUCAAAUGCAUGACAAUCUUGUGGAAUUUGAUCUUGCUAGAAGAAGAAUUGGGUUUAGUAACUCGUUAUAUUUCCAUCAGACUACGUGUUCGAAUCAAUUUUAUACUAUGGGAAAUUAA